UGUGACGACUUUCAAAAGAGACGAAAAAGCGAUCAGCUGCAAGAAAUUCUGUGAUGUGAGAUGAAUUUAUGCAAAAAUAUCUUAAAAAGUGAGAUAAAUAUCACGCGAAAGAACACUUUUUGAGUGAAACGGUGCGCGUUCGGGAGUCUCGUACGCCAAAAACGGCCAAUAAGUGCGGAGAAAAGACACAAAAAUGCAAAAAUAAAUAUUUGAUGAGCAAAAUUUAAAUAAAAAAUGCAGGAAAAUAUCAAAAAAUAUUCAAAAAGUGGGUGAAAAAAGUUUCGCAUUAGCAUUCGAUACGAGUAAUUUAAUCAACAAACUUCGGCAAGUCACAUCAUUUUUCGACAAGCAGCGCACUAAUUCAACGAGAGAUUCCAUUAAAGUAAUUAUUAUGCAAUUAUGGCCUUACGUGGAUGGCGACUGUUUGGAGUUGCCGGAACAAUAUUCAUCUAUGUUACCGGAAUACUGCUUUUAUCGUUGAUGAGUAUCCAGCAUCCAGAGCAACGACGACUACGACGAACUUAUCAAGAGUCUGAUCCCCUGAAAACACAUGAACUGGGCAUCAUUAAUCGCAAGCCGCCCCUACAAUGGUGCACAAAGCUGCGAUUUUUAGAUAACGAUGGCGAUGGCGACCGGACAAUACAGCAACAAAAGCGUUUCCAAACGUUUCCGGGGCAUUAUGUGAAAAAACGCAUUGCCCCCAAUCCUCACAACCGAAAUUACGUCAUUUCGCAUCCAGAUCACGAGAAUAACAGUCAUGGCGCUCCAGAUGCCAAAACAAGUGACCUAAAACGAUUCGACGAUAGUUACAAGUCGGCGGAGCAGCAGGACGAGCACGAGAACGCGAUUGACAACGAAAUUUACAAAUUUCAGACGGAGCCGUGGCCCAGCGGAGCCAAAUACGACAAAAAAUUGUAUAAUCGCUACAAAAAUGACGCGAACGGGCUAACGGCGCUCGUUUCGUUCCCCGGCAGUGGAAAUACUUGGCUUCGUUAUUUGCUGCAACAAUCAACAGGCAUUUUAACGGGAAGCGUUUACAAAGAUUACGGUCUUCUUAAAAGUGGAUUUCCGGCGGAAUCUAUAAGUAAUUCUUCGGUACUUGUGAUUAAAACACACGAAUGGGGUCCAAAUGCGUGGGCGCCCUUUUCAAAGGCGAUAUUGUUAGUGAGAGAUCCGAAAAAAGCCAUUUUGGCGGAAUUUAAUCGGCAGAGCGGCGGGCAUGUAGGAUUUGCCAGUCCCGAUCGUUAUAAGAGAACAAAAGGACGAUAUUGGAAUCAAUUCGUCGCCAACAAACUGUGGGCGUGGGAACAAACGAAUUUAGCAUGGGCACGUAACUUCACCGGAGACACUUUAGUUGUCUAUUACGAUAAACUCGUAGACGAUGUCGAAGGCACGCUGCGUGCUAUCCUGAAUUUCAUCAAUUUUCCAGUUGAUGAGGAUUUACUUAGUUGUGCCAUUUUGCGACAAGAAGGUAUUUACCGUCGCAAAAAACGAAUUAUGCCUUUUGAUCCAUUCACGCCCGCGAUGCACGUGGUCAUCGACGAGAAACGCACCGAGGUGUAUGGCGCGCUCGGGCGGGAAAUAUGAUGAGCGUACAGUCGUAAAUUAAUAGGUCUCAUUACCUUUUUCCCCAAGAAGAAUUACGUUAAUCCCCCCUCCAACAUUAGUUUCAUUGAUUUCAGUUAAGGCAUCCUCGUUUUUAGGACCAGUUAAUUUAUGAUACGCUCGUCGUCGUUAAAAUCGCCGAAAACAAAAAAAAAAUCAAGAAAACUCAAUUUGAACGUUCCGCAUGAUAAAUUUUCACUUUUUUCGUUUUUUUUUGUACACAACGAAAUUUUUGUAUAUUUACUUUAAGUAAAAAAAAAAUUAUAGACGAAAAAGAAAAAAAAAUAAUUUGUGAUUUAAUUAAGAUUGUCUUUUGUUCGAAAACAAGAUUUAAUGAUCCGGAAAAAAAAUAAAAAAAAUUCUUGUAAUAAAAUCAAUUCAAUCGUUCGAAUCUAGGCAAAAAAUCUUCACUUUUUAGGAAGGAUAAUAAUUAAAUUUUCAGUAUUUAUACAUUAAAACAUGCAACAGUACUGCUAUUAAAGUUAGGAAUCGUAAGUAAGCAUUUUUAGGAGUAAAUAACA